AUCCCACUUCUUCCACGCCAUGACGCCAGAGAAUCUCGCGAUGAAUUACUGAUUCGUUCCAUGGUUAUUCACCAAGGGGACCAUACGCAUUUUUCUCUGACCUACUUGCAUUAGCUGGACCGUAAACAUUUCUGCCAUUACGCGAAAUAAGUUGCGUAGCUACAUUAUUGAGUUUAGUUGACUUCUGUGAGUUUGUGAGGGAAUGUCGAACGGGGAAAGAUCGGUUGAGGUAGCUGGGAACGGCAACAUAAUGGCUCAACAGAAGAACCUGGAGGGUUAUGUUGGCUUUGCAAAUCUUCCCAACCAAGUUUACAGAAAGUCGGUGAAAAGAGGCUUUGAGUUCACUCUCAUGGUCGUGGGGGAAUCUGGGCUCGGAAAGUCAACGUUGAUCAACUCCCUCUUCCUGACAGACUUGUACUCUCCUGAAUAUCCCGGCCCCUCAAACAGAAUCAAGAAGACUGUACAGGUGGAGCAGUCCAAGGUGCUGGUCAAGGAGGGAGGAGUCCAGCUCCUGCUCACCAUCGUGGACACGCCAGGGUUCGGUGACGCCGUGGACAACAGCAACUGCUGGCAGCCGGUCAUCGACCACAUCGACAGCAAGUUCGAGGAUUACCUCAACGCCGAGUCCAGGGUGAACCGACGCCAGAUGCCCGACAACCGAGUCCACUGCUGCCUGUACUUCAUCGCCCCCUCUGGACACGGACUGAAGCCUCUUGAUAUAGAGUUCAUGAAGCGGUUACAUGAAAAAGUCAACAUCAUCCCGCUCAUCGCAAAAGCCGACACAAUGACUCCAGAGGAGUGCCAGCAGUUCAAGAAGCAGAUUAUGAAAGAAAUCCAAGAACACAAAAUUAAGAUCUACGAGUUCCCGGAGACUGAUGAUGAGGAGGAGAAUAAGUUGGUGAAGAAGAUCAAGGAUCGUUUACCACUGGCCGUCGUCGGUAGCAACACCAUCAUCGAGGUCAACGGAAAGCGUGUGCGCGGGAGGCAGUACCCCUGGGGCGUGGCAGAAGGGGGAUGUCUGUUUGUGCGUGUCUGACCAUUACCACCAACCACAGAGCUUAUCUCCUGACACAACGACCAAGGAAUGCAGGGUUACAACUGUACAGCCACACUAGUUCAUCUUGUAUACAGCGUCAGUACCUAGCUAACCAUGAAGCAAUUUCUAAUCAGGAAAAGCGGGACAUAAGCUAAAUACUGAAUUGAAACUCAGUUCCGAGCAUCCAGUUCUAUUACGUUUACUCUCUUUGAGUUUAGAAUGUGUAGUUCUGCACUGUUUCGAGUUUAGAAUGUGCGGUUUCAAGCAGCCCUCGUUGAACCAGACAGAAGGUUUCUAGAACACAGGAUGUGAGCGUGCUCUUUGAUCGUCAGACAGGAAGCCGCAGUAGCGCCUCUGCGAGAUGGACGUCGUCAUCAAACACUAGCGCUCCUCUCCCUACCCGACGAAGGCAUCCUGUGUGAGGUAGUCGCACGCUCGCAGACACGUGGCCGGGGGCUGACGGCCAGUUGAAAUCCUCGAAGGGGCGUUGAGCUAUGUGCUCUUCCUGGUUGUCCUAGUCUGAUGGAGGACGUGCGAGGCUUCGCCCGGUCUGACGCGAGCCCAGGUUCCUGUGCUCGCCCCGCGACGAGCUGCACGCAAACCCUGAGGAGACCACAACAAUAAGAGUCGACAUGUUCCUAAAGUGUUUGACCCCUGACCCUAGCGCUCGUUCUCCUCGGAGGUCCUGGGUCAGCCUGUGUGCUCAGGAGCGGGCGGUCUCUGCUCAGGGCUGUGGGAGCGCCGCCGCGUCUUGAACCGGAUAAGACGCUGCUGACUUGGGUCUCUGCUGCUUUAUUUCAAAUGCUUUAUCAGGCCCAGGGACUGUGGCUGUGGUACAACUGUGUGUGUGUGCGUGUGCGUGCGCGCCACCCUGUACUAUGAUGAUAAUGGCAUGUCUGCCGCCCAUGGGAGUGAGUUUUGGAAUACCUCAAAUGUUUGUGGGAGCGCGUCAGGCUGAAAGAGAAAGGGCGGGAGAGACGAGGGCAAGGCCGCUCAGCUGCUCAGCUCUCCACUCCAGAACCACCUCAGGGAAGUGUGUCAGUCACUCACAGUUGGUGAAU